AUGUGCUGGUUGUCAAACCAUUCACUUCCAGUACCUCAAUGUGCGACAAUCUACCGUCCAUCCCAAUGGCAACAUCCAGUCAGAUGCCCACUUUCGCAUGCUGCCUCAUCUUGCAGCAGGACCUACAGCCGGGCGCCCGGAUGCGAGGGCGUGUACCCAAAGGUGAACGCGGUAAACUACUCGCCCGUUUACCCUCCGGUUGCCGCUACCAGACAGAUUGAGCAGGCAAAUGUGGAAGAGGACACCUGCGAACGAUGUUCUCGUCCCCCACUCACCUGUAAGGUCGAAGAGAAACCGCCAGAUGCAGUUAGGAAGCUGCCCACAACGAGGAAACUUGAUACCUUGAAGACUGCACCGGACGCCAACAAACUUUCUCCGGCAAAGUCAUCAUCGUCAUCAGCAGCAGCAAGGCAAAAGCAGCUAAAGCCGUCGUCAGGUGAUCGGGAAUCGAGCAGCUCUAAUUUGCGUCAACCCACAGGCAAGCCGAAGGUGAGCAGGGAAAAAGGAAUGGAGCUUAGGAGGCCAUUGGUUGAAUCUACCAAGUCUGCCCAAGAAAAGUGUUGCUUUUCGAGUCGCAGAUCCGUCACCUACAGUAGCGCUGACUGGUCGGCUGGCCCCCACGAUAUGAUACCAGCAGCACCACAAUCCUCGACGCCCGAAACUGAAUACAGGAAUUGUUUCAAUCGUCCAUCUAUGGCUGAAUUGUUGCUUGUCCCCCAUCAAACGUCACCACUACCAGCACAAUCCUCGAUGGCUGAAACUGAAUACAGGCAGAGUUUUCAUCGUCCAUCUAUGGCUGAGUUCUUGCUUGUCCCCCAUCACACGUCAGCACUACCACCACCGCCACAACCCUCGACGCCCGAAACUGAAUACAGGAAAAAUUUUAAUCGUCCAUCAAUGGCUGAGUUGCUGGUUUUCCCCAAUGAAACGUCGCCACUGCCACCACCAACACCACCACUCUCGACGCCAGAGACGAAAUGCAGGAGGAAUGUUAGUCAUCCAUCAAUGGCUGAGUUGUUGCUUGUCCCCCAUGAAACGUCACCACUACCACCCCCACCACAAAACUCGUUUCCAGAAACGGAAUACAGGAAUAGUUUCAAUCGCGGCUCUCUUGCCUCAAGCUUCGCGCCGCAUUUUGUUGCGCCACGGCGAGUUUCUGCGGGCUCGGUGCCAGAAUCGACUGAGGUGCCACCACUGCCGGAACCAUGGCAACGGGUAUCCGCACCGUCAGAAUAUUGGAAUGAUGGUAACUUGGACGCUCCAGACCCGAACUCCACUGCGGAUAUCGUGACACCACACUCGGUUGUCAUCGCACCGGCAUUCGGGUAG